GUGUUUUACAGCUCGAGUAUUUUGAAUUGUCUUAAUUUUGACACGGUUUAAAGAGAACUGGUGUGUAACUGUGGAAUUUUCUUAGGAUAAAUUAGAUUUUUUAGAGAGAAUAGACCGAGUUUUAAUGUGAGAGUGUAUGUAUGUGGCGACUACCGGUUCAUUUCCUUAUUUGGAAGAGGUUUAUAGCGGUAGUCCGCAGCCUUUCAUGCUCUGUCUCUGUGGUCAGUGCUGGAGUUGAAUGGGUUCUGAUGGAGAGUCUGACAGGCUGAACAGGGACCAUGUCAGUGGUCCCCCCUCUACCUCUACCUCCACCUCCACCACCUCCUGCCCCUGCUGUGGCACUGGCUCCUUCAGUGUCCAGCAAGAAGAAGCUAUACCAGGCUAUAGCCGAGGGGAAAGUACCUGUGGAGGGCGACUUUGAGGAGGCCCGUCUGCUGCUCACCAAGAGAGAGAGCAGUUUCAGGAAGGACCUACAGUGGGUGCUGUGCAACAAAUAUGUGCCUUCGCUGAUUCAGGACGGCCCCAAAUGUGGCCUAGUGGCCUUAUGGAUGGCAGCCCAUCUACUGAAGCCUGUCAAGACCACGUCUGUAGAGAAAGUCCUACAGACAGCAAUGGAAAAAGGCUAUACUGCCCAGGGAGAGAUGUUUUCGGCUGGUGAUAUGGCCCUGCUUGCAGAGGAAGUGUGUGGCUGCAGAGUUCAGACGUUAUCAGGUGGCAUGAUUGGAGGCAAUGCUGCACUGGUUCUGAAACAUCUCACGGAGGGACGGCCGAUAUUAAUACCAUAUGAUGAGGAUUUUAACCAUGAGCCGUGUCUGCGUCAGGGCCAUAAGGCGCACUGGGCUGUAGCUUCAGGUGUACUACUUGGCCUGGCGCAAGGAAGUGUUACCAGAAAAGUGUUCCCCACGGACCCCACUUUACCCUGGCUACAUCUUUCUGAAGGCAGCGCUCCUGCUGAGCUCCCACUGGACGCAGCUGAGGAGGUCUAUAUCUUAGCCAAACAGGGAAAGAGCCUCCGCUACCAGCUAUGGAAGUUAGAAACAGUGGCGCAGAGUAAUGCCCAGCUGAAAGAGAUGGAUCCUCAGAGGGCCAGUGAUGGAACCCAAUAUGUGCUGCCCCCAGGUGGAGUGGAAGAGGGACUGGCUGGUCAGGUGGUGCUACUGUACUCACAGACAAACUGAUCAUACAAGAGCUGUGCGGCCCAAAGUGCCUCUGAUGACUGGAUUUUAUAUGGUGGGAAUACAGGGGUAUGUGUGCAAUAAGCUUCCAGCUGUGUUCUCACCAUUUCACUCCUUUCAGAUACAGACAUUUCAAUUGAAUGGCUGCUUCCUCAAAGCCAGUCUGUAAUAUGCCUUUUAUCCACUAGGUGUCCUUAUGUCUGUACAUGAUUACCUCCUGCUCUAAGUGCAGAUGUUUUCUGGGAAAUCUUUCUUCAGUCUGGAUGCCUGGACGUUCUGAGGGGCUGAGCCGUAGAUUUUUACCGCAGUUAUUCAACAUCAUAGUUUUAUGCCAGAAAGGCUGUAAUUCUAUAACUACUGGAAUUGCGAUAGGGUUCAUUUUGACUGUUUGAACUUUACAUGCAUAUUUAUACCACAACAGGAAAUAACUAUAACCCCCUGUACUAGUACAAGACCGGAGAGGCUGUAUAAAUACCACAAAUGAUACCUUUCUGUAAGAAAGAAGAAUUACUUUCAGAAGGACACAACGCAAAAAAUUAAACCUAAAAACAUU